GCCCAGCCAAGGCGGCAGCGGCGGCCGCGCGAGCAUCGGCGGCGGCGGCGGCGGCGGCAGAGGCAGCGGGAGCAGCUGCGCCGCCAGCGUGGAGCGGGAGGCGUGGAGGUGCGGAGAAGGGAGCGCCGGACCAGAACGGAUGUGUGCAUCUCAGGAUUGAGAGGAAGAAACAAGACAUGGGCCAGUCAUCAAGAUACUUCUCUGGGAAUUGUUGCUGCUGAUAAUCUCUUUUAUAGAGUCUUACAAUGAGUGUUUGGUUUAAGGAAGAUUUUCAUAUUUAAAAGAUUUUCAUCUUGGAAAUAUAUCAAGUGAAAUUUUCAUUCUUUUGAGAAACAUUUUCCUCCUAGUAAAUUAUCCUUGUAAUGGGCGACAUGGCAAACAACUCAGUUGCAUAUAGUGGUGUGAAAAACUCUUUGAAAGAAGCUAAUCAUGAUGGAGAGUUUGGAAUUUCGCUCACAGAUCUGCGGGCUCUUAUGGAGCUCAGGUCCACAGAUGCAUUACGAAAAAUACAGGAAUGCUAUGGAGAUGUCUAUGGAAUUUGCACCAAGUUGAAAACAUCUCCCAAUGAAGGUUUAGGUGGAAACCCUACAGAUUUAGAAAGAAGAGAAGCAGUGUUUGGAAAGAACUUUAUACCUCCUAAGAAGCCAAAAACCUUUCUUCAGUUAGUAUGGGAAGCAUUACAAGAUGUCACUUUAAUUAUUCUAGAAAUUGCAGCCAUAAUAUCAUUGGGUCUGUCUUUUUAUCAACCUCCAGAAGGAGAAAAUACACUUUGUGGAGAAGUUUCUGUUGGGGAAGAAGAAGGUGAAGGAGAAACUGGGUGGAUUGAAGGAGCUGCAAUCCUCUUAUCCGUGGUGUGUGUGGUAUUGGUGACAGCUUUUAAUGACUGGAGUAAGGAGAAACAAUUCCGAGGUUUGCAAAGUCGAAUUGAACAGGAACAAAAGUUCACCGUGAUCAGGAGUGGGCAGGUUAUCCAGAUACCUGUAGCUGAUAUUACUGUGGGAGACAUUGCCCAAGUGAAGUAUGGUGAUCUUCUUCCGGCUGAUGGCAUACUGAUUCAAGGCAAUGACCUUAAAAUUGAUGAAAGUUCAUUGACUGGUGAAUCUGACCAUGUUAAGAAGUCUCUAGAUAAGGAUCCCUUACUUCUCUCGGGUACUCAUGUAAUGGAAGGUUCUGGAAGAAUGGUAGUUACAGCUGUAGGUGUGAAUUCUCAAACUGGAAUUAUCUUUACCUUACUUGGAGCUGGAGGUGAAGAAGAAGAAAAGAAAGAUGAGAAGAAAAAAGAAAAGAAAAAUAAGAAGCAAGAUGGAGCUAUUGAGAAUCGCAACAAAGCAAAAGCCCAGGAUGGUGCAGCUAUGGAAAUGCAGCCUUUAAAAAGUGAAGAAGGAGGAGAUGGUGAUGAAAAAGACAAAAAGAAAGCAAAUUUGCCAAAAAAAGAAAAGUCCGUUUUACAAGGGAAACUUACAAAACUGGCUGUUCAGAUUGGCAAAGCAGGUCUACUGAUGUCUGCCAUCACAGUUAUCAUCCUAGUAUUAUAUUUUGUGAUUGAUACCUUCUGGGUCCAGAAGAGACCAUGGCUUGCUGAAUGCACACCCAUCUACAUACAGUACUUUGUGAAGUUCUUCAUUAUUGGAGUUACAGUUCUAGUGGUUGCAGUCCCAGAAGGUCUUCCACUGGCAGUCACGAUAUCACUGGCAUAUUCAGUCAAGAAAAUGAUGAAGGAUAAUAACCUAGUGAGGCACUUGGAUGCUUGUGAAACCAUGGGGAAUGCUACAGCUAUUUGUUCAGAUAAAACGGGAACACUGACAAUGAACAGAAUGACAGUCGUUCAAGCUUACAUAAAUGAAAAGCAUUAUAAAAAGAUUCCUGAACCAGAAGCUAUUCCACCAAAUAUUUUGUCCUAUCUAGUAACAGGAAUUUCUGUGAAUUGUGCUUAUACAUCAAAAAUAUUGCCACCAGAGAAAGAGGGUGGAUUACCUCGUCAUGUGGGUAAUAAAACAGAAUGUGCCUUGUUGGGAUUGCUCUUGGACUUAAAGCGGGAUUAUCAAGAUGUUAGAAAUGAAAUACCAGAAGAAGCAUUGUACAAAGUCUAUACCUUCAAUUCUGUUAGGAAAUCCAUGAGCACAGUCCUAAAAAAUUCAGAUGGAAGUUACCGGAUCUUCAGCAAGGGUGCAUCUGAGAUAAUGCUGAAAAAGUGUUUCAAAAUCUUAAGUGCUAAUGGUGAGGCGAAAGUAUUCAGACCCAGGGACCGAGAUGACAUUGUGAAAACUGUGAUUGAGCCAAUGGCAUCAGAAGGCCUGAGAACCAUAUGUCUAGCAUUCAGAGAUUUCCCAGCAGGAGAACCAGAACCAGACUGGGAUAACGAGAAUGAUAUCGUCACCGGCCUUACUUGCAUUGCUGUUGUGGGGAUUGAAGAUCCUGUGAGGCCUGAGGUACCAGAGGCAAUAAAGAAAUGUCAGAGGGCUGGAAUCACUGUGCGCAUGGUCACAGGUGAUAAUAUUAAUACUGCUCGGGCUAUUGCUACCAAAUGUGGUAUUUUACACCCAGGGGAAGAUUUCCUUUGCCUAGAAGGUAAAGAUUUUAACCGAAGAAUACGAAAUGAAAAAGGAGAGAUUGAACAAGAGAGGAUAGACAAGAUUUGGCCAAAGCUUCGAGUACUUGCAAGAUCAUCUCCCACUGACAAACAUACACUGGUUAAAGGUAUAAUUGACAGCACUGUCUCAGAGCAACGCCAAGUUGUGGCUGUAACUGGUGACGGUACAAAUGAUGGUCCUGCACUAAAGAAAGCAGAUGUUGGAUUUGCAAUGGGCAUUGCUGGAACUGAUGUGGCUAAAGAAGCAUCUGAUAUUAUACUCACAGAUGACAACUUUACAAGCAUUGUUAAAGCAGUUAUGUGGGGACGAAAUGUCUAUGACAGCAUCUCAAAAUUCCUUCAGUUCCAGCUAACUGUUAAUGUAGUGGCAGUGAUUGUUGCUUUCACGGGCGCUUGUAUUACUCAAGACUCGCCACUUAAGGCAGUACAGAUGCUGUGGGUGAACCUGAUCAUGGACACGCUGGCUUCCCUCGCUCUGGCAACAGAACCACCCACCGAGUCGCUCCUGCUUCGGAAGCCUUAUGGUAGAAAUAAGCCUCUCAUCUCACGCACAAUGAUGAAGAACAUCUUGGGCCAUGCAUUCUAUCAGCUUGUAGUGGUGUUCACACUCUUGUUUGCUGGAGAGAAGUUUUUUGAUAUCGACAGUGGAAGGAAUGCCCCUCUGCACGCGCCCCCCUCAGAACAUUAUACUAUUGUGUUCAAUACCUUUGUGCUGAUGCAGCUUUUCAAUGAAAUAAAUGCCCGGAAAAUUCAUGGCGAAAGAAAUGUGUUUGAAGGAAUCUUUAAUAAUGCCAUCUUCUGCACAAUUGUUUUAGGCACCUUUGUGGUACAGAUAAUAAUUGUGCAGUUUGGUGGGAAACCUUUCAGCUGCUCAGAACUUUCAAUAGAACAGUGGCUGUGGUCAAUAUUCCUGGGAAUGGGGACCUUACUCUGGGGCCAGCUUAUUUCAACAAUUCCAACUAGCCGUUUAAAAUUCCUAAAAGAAGCUGGUCAUGGAACACAAAAGGAAGAAAUACCUGAGGAAGAGUUAGCAGAGGAUGUUGAAGAGAUUGAUCAUGCUGAAAGGGAGUUGCGGCGUGGCCAGAUCUUGUGGUUUAGAGGCCUGAACAGAAUUCAGACACAGAUGGAUGUAGUGAAUGCUUUCCAGAGUGGAAGUUCCAUUCAGGGGGCUCUAAGGCGACAACCCUCCAUCGCCAGCCAGCAUCAUGAUGUAACAAAUAUUUCUACCCCUACACAUGUAGUGUUUUCCUCUUCUACUGCUUCUACUCCUGUGGGAUUCGAGUGGUGAAUGCAUUUCGUAGUUCUUUAUACGAAGGGUUAGAAAAGCCAGAAUCAAGAAGUUCAAUCCACAACUUUAUGACACACCCUGAGUUUAGGAUAGAAGAUUCAGAGCCUCACAUCCCCCUUAUUGAUGACACUGAUGCUGAAGAUGAUGCUCCUACAAAACGCAAUUCCAGCCCUCCACCCUCUCCUAACAAAAAUAACAAUGCUGUUGACAGCGGGAUUCACCUUACAAUAGAAAUGAACAAGUCUGCUACCUCUUCAUCCCCAGGAAGCCCACUACAUAGUUUGGAAACAUCGCUCUGAUUGUAAGCCGAAUGCUAACACUCUAGCUGCAUUGUAAAGAAACAAACCGAAACUGAGUCUCUUCACACAUUGUGACGGACAAGAUAGUAUUCUUGUCUCUGGACUUCAACAGAAGACACACUUGUACGAAUGUAGAUUUAUUUUUUUAAAAAAACAAGCAAAGCUUUCUGCCAGACUGAGGGUGCUUUUUGGGGUGUGGGAGAAAAGAACUGACAGGUAAACUAUGGUAGCUCGGCGUAAGUGACCUGUGGAUCAUCCAUGGUACCUAACGUGGUCCUGACCGUGUGCUAGCAGAGCUGUGGUUUAUCUCGGGCCUUGAUGGGAGGGAGGGAGGAGUGACGCUGGGCAAGACAGAGAGCCCUGGAUCAUUGAAUGAAUACUUUAAUUUCUGCUGUUGGCUGUUAAUAAUUUGGAUUAUUUAUGUUUAUAAAUGAUACAGAUCUGUUUACAAGGUUUGUAGAUACUUUUUUUUGUUGUUGUUCUUCAUAGAUGGGAAGCUUCCUUAUAACUAAUGCAGAGAAAAAUUAGUCCUUCAAAUACUGCUGUAUUUUCAGGAAAAAAAAGGGGGUGUUUCUAUUGAAACUGUACUAAAUUUUUGCCUACAAUUUAUCUUGUUAAAUAUUGUAGAUAAAUUGCUAAUACUAAUAGCCAAAUAGAUAACACUAAUGCUUUGUUUAAAAAAGAAAAAACAAAAAAAGAAAACAAAACAAUACAAAAACAAAAAAAGAGCAGUGGUGUUCUAAUGAAGUUAUGGCAUCUGUCCUAAUUAGUUUCUUAAAUACAUUUACUACUUAAUGGUUUUGAAAGAACUGUUUAAUUUUUAAAUUUUUUGAAAACUUGCUAAUAACCUUUGUUCAGAAUUUAGUAGACUGUUUAUUGAGGGACAUCAAAUACACAAUGAAAGAUGCUUGAAAUGCCUUUGUUAUUUCAGGCGAAUCAAAUUAAACUAUCAAACUACAAGAGAACCUUUAGUCCUUUUUGUUUUUGUCUAAAUAUGUUAGUUCAGUGAUGUCUUGGUGAACUGUGAGUGAACUGUAUUGAUUUUUUUUUUUUUCUAAUAACUCCUUAGAGACCUUCAUACAGCAUAGGAGGGCUCUUGGCAUUUGGAAAAAGGUUAAUAGGUAGAAGCAUACAUGUUUCCCUUUUGUUUUUGAAACUUGUUUGUAAACAUAAAUAAAUAUGCCCUUUUAUUAAAUAAAUACACGGCAAUGGUUUUUAAGACAGCUCAGCUCCUUUCCUUAGUUCUACAUAUGUGACGCAUUGGUCUGUUUCCUUUAACCACAAUUAGAAUAAAUUUCAAGCUCAUAACAGCCCCAUGAAAUAUUGUUUGAAUUAUUUCUUGGUCACCCCAUAGAAAUGGGCUGAGACAGCACAGUUUUGCCACCUAACAUAGUCUUCAAGGAACCUAGUUUUAUCUAAGAUAAAAUAGUCUUACCAUUUUAUAAGAAGUAAUGACCACCAUUGUUUCUGAUACAUAUGUUUUUAUUAAGUGGCCAAAUAACAGAUUAGAUUAAAGAAGAUAACACAUGAAAAUGUGGGGAAAGCUUCUUCUAAACACAGUAUAUAUAUAGAUGUAAUAAGCAACCAUAUGCUGAAAUGCCCAUCUCUGAAUCAAUUGAAUUCCUGGGCUCUCUGCUCCUUUCCUAUCUAUCUUCUUAUUUAAUUUGCCUUUUGUCUUGACCCUUUAGAAACUGGUAUUGUUUCCUGGCGCAGAUUUCACCAGAUAUACAAUCCUCAGGCUGACAUAAAGUUUACGAGGACUACUACAUCCAAGAAUGCUGACCCCGCAAAGAAACAUGUAGUUGAUGGUGCUUGAUAAUUUUUGGUGGGUGGGAGGAAUAUUUCUCUCCAACAGUUGCCUGCAGUAAUGCUCUGCAAGUCUUAGAAACACAUUGGGUCUGUUGCAUUCAUCAUUGUACAUUUACUCAUCAGGUAUUUGUAGUUAUUCAUACUGUAAAAAGAGGUAGCAUGAUAUGCUGGGAAGCAUAUUUAGACCAGGAGUCCAAAGCAGGCUCCUAGUCUUGAUUUUGCCAUUAAUGUGCUGCAUGAUAUUGGGGAAAUGACUCACCCUGGAUGAGGGUGGGGGACUAGACUCCUCUUGAACCCUUUCAACUCUAAAAAUUGACCCUAUCCACGAAGAAGCCUGCAAGGCAUAGGGAAUAGAGAAAAGGGAAAUGUUUUCAGUUUUCUUUUCUUUUUUUUUUCUGGCUAUGCUUAAAUAUGAAUGUAACUACCAAAAGAUUUAGACAUGCAUGUGCUUUGGAGGGCUUGUAUCGAGCUUUUCCGGUCUUCAUUUUUCAACUCAAGGCAAUGGCUUUUUACACCACCUUUGAAUCCAUAAGCGGGUCUUAGGACAUCCGUGAAGUAAUAGCAAGACAUGCUCAGUGUGUGUUUCUCUCUUGGAGAGACUAAUUUCUACCAGAAAUUUCCUAGAGCAUUAUGUAAGUAGAAAAAAAUAUAAGAAAAAAGCAAGCUGUUAAAAGAUUUUGGAUCCCAUUAUAUAGUAUGUAUAGCUAAAUCAGCAUCUGUAAUUCACAUUUUCUCUCUUAUCUUCUAAUCAAAAAAAACUUGUUUAAUUUUGCAUCCCAAAUGUUUUUAAUCUUUGUAUAUUUUUUAAAAAUCCUUUUCUCCUCAUCAUUGCCUUUUUUGUGGUUGUAAAUAGACUUGUUGCAAUCUGAAGAUGAGCUACUUCUUGUCAUCUUACAAAUAUGUGAUAUGGUAAUUUUCAUAACAGAUAUCAGUUUUGAACCAAGAAAUGGUGAUUUGUUUAUAAGAAAAAAAACUGGCUUCAUUUCUGUGAAAUUGCUCUUUGAAAAUUUCAUUUCCACUUGUAAGCCAACUGAGAUACCGUGAUGGUGUUGAUUUCUUUUAAUGAUGCUUACCAUCUAUUUUAGCCACUGAGCCUUUUAUUAUUUGUCUAUUUGUAAAGUUUAUUUGUCUUAACUCAUUUAAUAAAUAUACUGUUUAUCUGUUUCUGAA